CUCCUCCUCCUCCUCCUCCUCCUCCUCCUCCACAGACUCAGACACACCCUCCACCACCAACACAAGCCCAGAGCACAUCCGUCGCUCGCUAACCCACGGCUCGUUCCGCAAGACCCUCUACAAAGUCAUCGGCGACGACGGCCACGUGCUUCAAAUUUCACGGCCACCGUCUGCGCGCUUGGAGGCUGGGGAUGGUAGAGAUAAAUGCGAGCCGGAGACGUUUGUGGAGCUGCAGUUCGGGGAGGAGAAGAAGCGCAAGAUGGAGCGGAUCCGAGGGGUGCUCGAGCUCAGUGACGAUCUCACGAUCUCAGCUGACGAGGAGAUCACCUCAACGAAUAGCGGGACUCAGACCCCCGCCGAAUCCACAACGCGGGGGAGUAGUCCGUCGGCGACGAUAACGAGUCCGAUAGCGUCGCUGUUCCAGCUCGAUAUGGAGCAAAGUGCAGACUGUACUCGGAGCGCAGGCGGCGCGGGCGACGACGUACCUGAGGAUUCCUGGCGGUUUUUGAACAGCGGGCAAUCCGCCCACCACGACAUGCACUGCGCAUACUGCCGCGCCAUGAAUCAAGAGCUCACGUUCGUCGACUCGUUCGUUGCUAAAGUGCUAGAUCACUACCGAGAAUCAACCGCCCCAGACUCAGACAAAGCCGCAGCGACUACCACAGACCCGUUACAAAAACAGCACGCGGCCGCGCUCGCGAGUAAACUCGCAGUCACGAAAGCGAUCGUCGAGACCGAGAUGGAGAAACGCAAGGUUCACGAGAAACUGAAAGAGAUGGAAUGGCACGAGUAUCAAAAGUACUACCGCACCGUCGAGGAUAAGGUCAUGCAGCGCGCAAUCAAGCGCGCGGAAGAGAGGAUCGUGGCGACUAGUGGACCGCAUGAUCGUCGGCUACGCGAGCUGCGCGAGCUUGAGAGGUCGUAUAAUCUAGGCGGUGGUGGGGCGAAGAAGAAGCCUCAGAAAGAGCAUCAUUCGUCGCCGAGGCAGGGGAGGUAUCAGAAGGCGAUUGCGAAGGAUCUUGAUAGAGUUGAUGAUUGUGUGAUUGUUUAGAAUCUCUAGUAUUAAUAAUGUAUAAUACGAAU